AUGCCGCUGCCGACUCCAUCGCUGGAGGCAGCUGGCAACAACAUCAACUCGCCCGCCUUGUACAGAGAUAAGAGCUUCGAGGAUCUUGUGAGUGAAAACCAAAGAACAGGCAUCGACGGAUGUGGAAACGAGGCUUGGUACAUCAGUCACUCGGCUCUGAAGCAGCAUUGGGAAGAGUCAGAAAUCGCCAAGGUCCUCGAUUUACAUCAACCUCCCAUUGCUGGGUGUUCACGAACUAUUGCAGAGUCCUAUUUGCGUGUCUGGUCCAUACUUGUGUUCAUUGGCCGACCGGAAUUCACUGAUGAUUUCAUUUCGGCCAACUGGGACGAUGUACACUUACCGAUGGACCCCAAUAGCGGCCCCUAUCGUAGGGUCCCAACACCGGCGUUCACGGCAGUGCUGGAGGGUUUCCGCCAAUCGCAAUGGCCGUUCUUCCCAGUCCAGUUCACCAAGGACCGUAGAAUGCAUAAACGCAAGUUAGACAAGCGCUGCGUGUUGCCUGUCGUCUACGACGGGACACUGACCGACCAUGUCGCCGCCUCCACCACCACCGUCGUGAGAAAGGUCCAGCUUCAAGAGGACUGCACCGAUUUCCCCCAUAGAACAGUCGUGUUCAAGGAGUACCAGAUGGCGGAGAGCCGCGAGGCUUGGACCAAGGAGGUUGACGCCUUGGAGGUCGCCGAUAACCACUGCGAACAUAUUGUGAAAUAUUUUGGAUCCUUUGAACGGGAUGUAAAAGGGGUCGUCAUCUUGGAGUAUGCGAACGGUGGCAAUCUGCUCGACAUAUUGAAGCGCAACCAACAGCCAAGAAAUCUGGAACAAACGAAGGCAUUUUGGGAGAGCUUGGUGGCAAUACUCCAAGCCCUGGACCAACUGCACCACCUACGACGGACUGCGCAGUCCAAGACUGAUCAACCCAGUCGCAUUGGCUGUGCUCACCGAGACAUCAAGCCGUCCAACAUACUUGUAUUUGAAGACCAAGAGGGGUCACCGUUCAAAUUUCGAUUGAAGCUUGCGAAUUUCGGCGCGACUUCCGAGAUACAGACCAUCCUGGCAUCAAAUUCAGGCAGGCAGGAUAACGAUGGGAGUCGGACGUACUGCAAGUUUCCACGACCCGAACUGCAAGGCCCGUCGUAA